AUGGAGCCCCCCCGCGCGCGGGCCACCGUGGCCCCGGUCUCGCCCCCCGUGGACUUCGUCCUGGGCGCCGCGGCCUGCUGCGUGGCCUGCGUGUUCACCAACCCCCUCGAGGUGGUCAAGACGCGGCUGCAGCUGCAGGGGGAGCUGCGCUCGCGGGGCACCUACCCCCGCCACUACCGCGGGGUGCUGCAGGCCCUGUGGGCGGUCAGCCAGGCGGACGGGCUCCGGGGCCUGCAGAAGGGCCUCUCGGCUGGGCUGCUCUACCAGGGGCUGAUGAACGGCGUGCGCUUCUGCUCCUACUCCCACGCGGAGGACAUCGGCCUGACGCAGCGGCCGGGCGGGACCGUCGUGGCCGGAGCCGUGGCCGGAGCCCUGGGGGCGUUCGUGGGCAGCCCGGCCUACCUGGUCAAAACUCACCUCCAGGCCCAGGCGGUGGCGGCCAUUGCAGUGGGACACCAGCACAACCACCAGAGCGUCUCCAGCGCCUUUGAGACCAUCUACAAGAAGCAGGGGCUCCUGGGGCUGUGGCGAGGGGUGAGCGGGGCCGUGCCCCGCGUCAUGGUGGGCUCGGCUGUCCAGCUGGCCACGUUCGCUUCCGCCAAAGAGUGGGUCAGGACGCAGAAGUGGUUCAAGGAGGGCAGCUGGCUGGUGGCCCUGGCCGGGGGCAUGAUCAGCAGUGUCGCGGUGGCCGUGGCCAUGACGCCCUUCGACGUGGUCAGCACCAGGCUGUACAACCAGCCGGUGGAUGAGAUGGGCCUGGGCAAGCACUACCGCGGCUUCCUGGACUGCUUCGUGCAGAUCUCUGACAAGGAGGGUGCCCUGGCGCUGUACAAAGGCCUCGGCCCGGCCUACCUGCGCCUCGGGCCCCACACCAUCCUCAGCCUCCUCUUCUGGGACGAGCUGCGGAAGCUCACCUACCAGCACCAGGGGACCUGAACGCCGGCCGUGGAAACGCCACGCUUUCUCCUGCCGCCGAGGACGCUGGGACUGGGACUGCCAGCAGGCCCCGUGGCCGGCCGAUUCCAGGCAGCUCUGGGCGCCCGAACCGGCUUCGCCACGUGCCCGCGCCGUGGCCAGAGACCUGCGGGGCUGCUCCUGGGGGCGGAACGCCGCCGCUCUGCCCCACUCAGAUUAGGUGUGGCCGGGAAUAGACUUGGCAGCGCUGGCAAAGCCGGAAGCCCGCGUGGCACCUGGCCGGACUGCGACCGCCCAGCAGCUCCGUUGCUUCAUCCGGGACCUUCUGGGAGCAGACUUGGAGGGCUGGUGCCCCUCGCGCUGCGGCGUACCUCUGCGGGCGGAGAGUUAGUGCUGUGUGGACGGACCUCUUGCCGCCUUCCCGCGCGCCUCGACUCGACCCCAGACCCUGGCCCCGAGGGGUGUGCCGAGGGUCACCAGAUUUCCAGCCCUCCAGGAGCGAGCGGGUGCGAGCAGGCGUGGGUGGGGUGGGGUGGGCUCCGACCAGGCUCGGCCCUCCGGCCGGUGGCGUGGGGUCCGGGGCUGGCACGGGCCCCGCAGGGCUGCUGCCACCCUCGUGUGUCUCUCUGCAGAGGUGAGGAAGGAGGAGGCAGUAGGCAGGGCUGUGAUGGAGCAAAAGUGAGAGGAGGACGACGGGAAAGAGCGGGAGGAGAGGAGAGGAGAGGAGAGGACACAGUCGUGAAGUAAGUUGCGUCGAUCAGGGCCGAGCUGGAGACGGGGUGGUAGAGUCCUCUUCUGCGAUGAGCAAGCUGAGCGCCUCCCAGAAGGUGGGCUCAGGCCUCGGAAAGGUGGAGGGGGCAUCACCAGACGCCUCGCGUCAGCCCCUGGGCCGGGGAAGCGGGAGAAGGCACUUGCCGCCAUGGGGGAGCCCUGUCGUGGGGCAAAGGGUUGAGCCACCCAGAGGCCCGAGGAGCCAGACUGAGCCUGUGCCCGGUCCUUCGCGUCGCACACCUGCCCGGACCCAGAGCCUCUGCCGCUCAGCGGGGCCCGAGGGGCCGUCUGGGAGUCGUUGCCGCAAGCGGAACCCGGCCCUGCCCUGCUCGGGCUACCCAAAUAAAAGGCAGCGGUUUCCCGUGUC